AACUCUCGAUCCGCUAUGUUGCGUCUGGGCUCGCUGCUGCUGCUGCUGGCACUCGCCAUCGUGUCCGUCUCCGUGUCCGUCCACGGGGAGUCGAUCAACUUCCGCAACUGUGCGGACAGCGUGGAUGUCUGCACCGUGGAUCAGGUGCGCGUGAGUCCCUGCCCCCAGGCGGCCAGCAAUGCCGCCUGCCACAUCCGCCGCCGCCGUCCGGCCGUCAUGAGCUUCGACUUUACGCCGCAAUUCGAUGCCGACAGCCUGGGGGCGACUCUCGGAUGGGUGAAGGAUGAGAACACGGAGCUGCCGCUGCUCAGCCUGGAGCGGGACGCCUGCAAGGCCACAGGCUGCCCCGUGAGAAGCGGCGUGCAGGCCACCUACACCACGGAGGUGCCCAUCGAGGCAAAGUUCCCGCUGAGCGCCUACACGAUCCGCUGGGCCCUCAAAGAUCCCGCGAGCGGCAAGCGGUGCUGCUUCCUCAUCGACAUCAAGGUGGUUCGAUAGGCGAUAGUCAUGGGAAUAAAUGAAUAAAAUGCGUCGUCUGUUAACAA